UCCAAAGUGCUUGCUACCCCUCCCAGUUUGGUAUCUGAGACGGGUUCCCAAGGUACAACCUGGAACUGGAGUACUGCUGAGCCCAUCAACCUAGGCUCCGUCUCACACUGUACUGCUGUGACAAGCUGCAAACCUCUGAUCAUUCCACAGGGGCAAGAUGAACUGGCAACUGGUCAUUCCUGGAUUAGUCAUCCUGCCCAUUAAACUAGUAGGGACAUCCUUGUUUCUCAUCUAUUUUCCACAGAUCUUCCCCAUGCCAGGCUCUCAAGGGACCCUCAAUUCCACAAUGGAGAGGAACAUAACAGUUCUACAGACUACCCCAGGCCUGCCUAAGACACAACCUGAUUUCAGCACAAUCACAACUACAGCUCGCGACAGAACAGCUAAACCCCUACAGUGGGAGAGGCACCAAGGGAAUUACUACUUAUUUUCUAAAGCUAAAGAGGACUGGAGUUCCAGCCGAACAGAGUGUGAUGACCAGAGCUCGGAUCUAGUUGUCAUCAGUGACAGAAAAGAGCUGGAGUUUCUUCAUAAUAAAACAAGAGAUGCUGAUUAUUUCAUUGGACUAACUUACUCAGAGAUGGAGAAGAGAUGGUACUGGAUUGACAAGACAGAGCUUACGAGAAGCCUAUUUACUCUGAAACCAAAGACAUUGGACUAUGAAAAUGACUGUGCAGUUAUCAGAGCUGGAGAAGUGAGUCCUGCAUCUUGUCACCAACGAAACCAGUGGAUCUGUGAGAAGACAUUGAAAUAACUCUUAUAUUGGGAGAGUCCCAGCACAGGUAGUUUGUGGCACUGGAAUCCAGCUGGGGCAUUUCCCCCUAAUCUCAGACACAAAUAUGCACAUGUAUUCUCAUUUUAUAAUAAGAGGAACCUUAACAUGAUCCUGGCCUAUGGCACUUUUUAUUUUCUAUCCACAACAAAUUCCCAGACUAAUGUAUGCAUUUUUGACACCAUUUCUGGAUGCAUUUUCAUCAGCACAUUGUACGAAGAGUAAUGGAGGACUUCAUUUUCUGUAAUAAGGACACUUCCCCAACCUUAAUGAUUCUAUUAGGCAUCUGAUAGACUGACUUCCAUGGAGGGUCACACGGGUUGAAAGGGUACAGGGUGCAAGAACUAGUCAAGGGCCAGGAAAGAUCACAGCUCCUACACAUGGACUGCU